CGUCAGGGCUUCUCCCCAGGCUGGUGAGCGGUGACGACGGAGGCGCCAGGCCUGGCACAGGUGAGGGGCGCGCGCCGGCCCCGCGGUGCAGCUCCAGGGACCAGGCUUCCAGACAGGAGUCACGGGAUUUGUCCUCAGUAGAGGCGCCCUUGUCUGAGAAGUGGUUCCUUGGGCCUCAUGAAGCUAUGGAUCUGGAUAAGCCAUCGGUGUGGGGCUCAUUGAAACAGCGGACCCGGCCAUUGUUAAUCAACUUGAGCAAGAAGAAGUUGAAGAAGAACUCGAACAAACCACUUGACUUAAGGGCUAGGCACCACCUGGACCGCCGCCUCAGCCUUUCCGUACCCGACCUCCUCGAGGCUGAGACCUUAGUCCCAGAGGGUCGACCUUACUCCGGACCCCAGUCGUCCUAUACCUCAGUGCCCAGCAGCCUCUCCACUGCAGGAAUUUUCCCUAAGAGCAGCAGUAGCUCCUUGAAACAGUCUGAAGAAGAACUGGAUUGGAGCCAAGAAGAAGCAAGCCACCUACAUGCAGCAGAAACGGACUCAGAGGAGAUCUAUGUCUCUCCCGCCGAAGAGAGGCAGGUGGCCAGCAAUGGCAUCUUCAAUUUUCAGAAAACUCCCUUUGGAGGUGAUGUGCCAGAAGAGCCAGAGAAGCCGUGUGGAAGUGGUGAUCUGAAUGCCUCUAUGACAUCGCAACAUUUUGAAGAACAAUCUACGCUCCGGGAAGCAGGCGAUGGCUUGAGUAACCUCCCCAGCCCUUUUGCGUACCUCCUCACCAUCCACCUGAAGGAAGGCCGUAACCUGGUUGUCCGAGAUCGCUGCGGCACAAGUGAUCCCUAUGUGAAAUUUAAGCUGAACGGGAAGACGCUGUACAAAAGCAAAGUUAUAUAUAAGAACUUGAACCCAGUCUGGGAUGAGAUAGUUGUCUUGCCAAUACAAAGCCUUGAUCAGAAGCUACGUGUGAAGGUUUAUGAUCGCGAUUUAACCACGUCCGAUUUCAUGGGAUCUGCGUUUGUCAUUCUCAGUGAUCUUGAGCUUAACAGGACGACUGAACGUAUUUUACGAUUGGAAGAUCCAAACAGUUUAGAAGAUGACAUGGGGGUGAUUGUGCUAAAUUUGAACUUAGUAGUGAAACAGGGGGAUUUCAAGAGACACCGUUGGUCAAAUCGGAAGCGGUUGAGUGCCAGCAAGUCGUCUUUGAUACGCAGCCUACGACUCUCAGAGUCUUUGAAAAAGAACCAGCUCUGGAAUGGGAUUAUAAGUAUAACUUUGUUGGAAGGAAAGAACGUCUCAGGAGGAAACAUGACAGAGAUGUUUGUCCAGUUAAAACUGGGAGAUCAGAGGUACAAAAGUAAGACACUGUGUAAGAGUGCAAAUCCGCAAUGGCAGGAACAGUUUGACUUUCACUACUUCUCUGACAGGAUGGGCAUUUUGGACAUCGAAGUGUGGGGAAAAGACGGCAAAAAGCAUGAGGAACGCUUAGGCACGUGUAAAGUGGAUAUCUCGGCUCUCCCGCUGAAGCAGGACAACUGCUUGGAGCUGCCCCUGGAGAGCUGCCUGGGGGCCCUGCUCUUGUUGAUAACGCUCAGGCCCUGCGCAGGGGUCUCCAUCUCCGAUCUGUGCGUCUGCCCCUUAGCAGACCCCAGCGAAAGAAAGCAGAUUACUCAGCGAUAUUGCUUACAGAACUCCCUGAAGGAUGUGAAGGACGUUGGCAUUUUACAAGUGAAGGUGUUGAAGGCGGUGGAUCUCUUAGCAGCGGAUUUCUCAGGGAAGAGUGAUCCGUUUUGCUUGCUGGAGUUAGGCAAUGACCGCCUCCAGACACAUACCGUUUACAAAAACCUCAACCCCGAGUGGAACAAGGUUUUUACAUUUCCCAUUAAAGAUAUCCACGAUGUCUUGGAAGUGACAGUGUUUGAUGAAGAUGGAGAUAAACCCCCUGAUUUUCUCGGAAAAGUUGCCAUUCCCUUGCUGUCCAUUAGAGAUGGACAACCCAAUUGUUACGUGUUGAAGAAUAAAGAUUUAGAACAAGCUUUUAAAGGAGUUAUUUACUUAGAGAUGGACCUCAUCUAUAAUCCGGUCAAAGCAAGCAUUAGGAGUUUUGCUCCCAGAGAAAAGCGCUUUGUCGAAGAUAGCCGCAAGCUGUCGAAAAAGAUCUUGUCCAGAGAUGUGGACCGCGUGAAAAGAAUCACUCUGGCCAUAUGGAACACGAUGCAGUUCCUGAAAAGCUGCUUCCAGUGGGAGUCCACGCUAAGAAGUUCCGUAGCAUUCGUGGUGUUUCUGGUCACAGUCUGGAAUUUCGAGCUGUACAUGCUGCCCCUGGCGUUACUGCUCCUCUUUGUCUACAAUUUCCUCCAGCCCACGAAGGGCAAGGUCUGCAGCCUCCAGGACAGCCAGGAGAGCACAGACGUAGAUGAUGAGGAUGAUGAAGAUGACAAGGAAUCUGAGAAAAAGGGAUUAAUCGAGAGAAUCUAUAUGGUGCAGGAUAUUGUUUCAACUGUUCAGAACAUCUUGGAAGAAAUAGCUUCUUUCGGAGAACGAAUUAAAAACACGUUUAACUGGACGGUCCCAUUCCUCUCCUCCCUGGCCUGUUUGAUUCUGGCAGUAGCCACCGUCGCUUUGUAUUUCAUUCCACUGCGGUACAUCGUUUUAAUAUGGGGCAUAAAUAAAUUCACGAAGAAGCUUCGAAAUCCUUACUCCAUCGACAAUAACGAGCUACUGGACUUUCUCUGCAGGGUACCGUCUGAUGUUCAGAAGGUGCAGUAUGCAGAACUCAAACUCUGCGGCAGCCUGAGCCCCCUUCGGAAGAAGCGCAGCGCGCUUUGAGACACACGAGGCCUUCGGAGACCAGCCCCCGCUACUGUGCGUGGCCGUUCCGAUGGUGCUCGUGGUGUCCUCCUGGAGCCUUCUCUGUACCGUGCCCCCUCCUUCACCCUCACAGAUGCGCGUGUGCACUUCCGGGUGUGUGGGUGGGUGUCCUGGUUGCAUAGAAGGCUGACGGAAACAGUCCGAGACCGUGAAAGACUUAACACCCCUUCUUAACUAGGACUAAGCAAGCCUGCCAGGAGUCUGAACAGCCAGGAGACUGCUUGGAUUCCAGAAUGGCUUUGACCUUGUGUUCAUGGCUCCAGCAGCUUCUCAGUAAGAUUCUCAUUCCCAUUCCCACACUCCUUUCGGAUUAUCGUUCAUGUAAGUUUCUCUGAGUUGUUAUGUCUUUGAUAGCCAUCACCGGUCCCAAUAACGUAUAUUAUAAACAGUUUUUAAUAGUUACCUGAACUCACCCAAGUCUUUGAAGUCUUUCGGCUGUGACAGCGAGGCUGUUAUGUAAGUUUUUGGUAAACGCCUCACCUUAGAGAGCACUCUGGUCCACUGUUGGCCACACACAGAUGCUGCUUCAGGAAGGCCCCAGGGACUCCUCAUCCCAUGAGGGACUCCAAGAUUGAGUGGCCUUACAAGAUCUUUUCUUCUGACUUGACUUUUUGGCUGUAUCAAGGUUAAAAAAAUAGAAUUUUAUGAAAGAAUGAAGGAUGGAUUCUGAGCAAAUUUAAGACCCUAAUAAAUGAAGCUGCUUAUCUAAUUAUCAUUUCAUUGGCCCACAUGUUUUCAGCAGAAAGUAAAAACACAUUAGCUGUCCACAUGGAUCUUUGGUUCCUCUAUAGGGAACCAAAAUAAGCUAUAUCCAAUAAAAAUGGAUUUCAGAACACUUAGGAAAGUCACACCGCAAGUCCUCCUCGGACAGCAUCUGACUCCUGCACAACCCCACCCUACAAAGCACCUCUCCAGCCAAGUAAGUGAGCAUAUAUUAAAUGUAUACAACUACUUUUCUGCUCUAGUAUUCAAGGACUGUGUUUUGUCAAGAUGUACUCUGUGCAGUUUUACAUAUAAACGUAGUGUGUGUAUUGUGGUGAAAAGACCUGAUUUAAGUGAUUUUACUGUGGUUGUAUCUUGUGGUUUUUUUUUUUUUUUUUGGAUCCUCUGGGUCAUAAAUUAAUAAUCUUCAAGCAAAAUGUUUAUGAAAAAUGCCAAAGAUUCUAAACCUAAUCGCCCUGUGUCUGUUUUUCUUCAUCUUGUAUCUUCCUGGGUUGCUUUCUAGCUGAGCCAGAUUUCUGCAUGAUUUGAUUUACUUCCAGUUAAUGAAGCUGGCUGGAAAAGAGCCUUGCAGAAAUUAUAAAAGCUCCAGUAAAUCUCUUAGUUGUACAUACAAUAGAUACCCAGGAACCCUUUUGUUAAACCAGUUACUCAGUCUUCUGUGUAAACAAUGCCUCAUUGUCUUGCUCCACACUAUCAUCCAGUUUAUCAUAGUCUGUCAUUUUAUAACGACCUAACUUAGACGUUUUUAAACAGACAAGUGAGAUCUGAUCAGUCAUUUGAAUGAAAACUUUCAGCAGCAAAAUAACCCCGUAUUUCAGCAUGGAACCAAUACUGUGGUGGCGUUCUUUUGCUAUAGAAUUUCAAAAUGAAACGGGAAUAAUUGCCUGGUAAGAAGGCACCGUUCCUUAGACGUACUUCUCUGUAGCUUGACUGGGAUUCUCAGUGUCAAGGUUAGGACACAAACCCCAGCUGGGAUACAAGGGCAGGACUGCAUCAACCUCUGGUAAACUGCAUAUGGAAAACAAAACUAAUUGUUAGACGUUGGAUGUUAAAAGUGCAUGUGGGUCGUGUAAGCCAAACAGUAUGACUUAUAGAAUGCUUUAGAUAAAAUUUAUGGAUUGUGGAUUCAUAGUAUGAUAAAGAUAGGAAUGUCGAGGUCUUGCCCAUCUUUCCUAGUUUGCUUCUCAAACCUUGUACACCCAUUUCUAGCCUCACCUGGAUGUCUUACAGGCCUCGUCACCUCCGCAGUUCGGAAACUAAUCAUCAUCUCUCUCUGUCCAUGGCUUCAGGACCCUUAUCCUGAUAGCCUGCUUCUAGCUACCUUAUUUCUCUCAUCUCCAUCUUAAACCUGAUAUUCAAGAGUCUCCCAGGCGCCCUUUUAGUUCCUUGGAGUUUUCCUUACCUCCAAAUUUAUAAAAUGUAGGCGACUCAGUGUUGUCUUACCCAGUUGCCACCACCCAAGGUGAGGCGUGUUGCCUCUUGCAGGCCACUCUCAUGGUGACAGUGCCAAUUACAUUACUCCCCGUUCAUCUUCUUUGCGGACUGUACUUUUCUCUCCAGUUUCUGUCUGAACAGAAUCUGCUCUCCUAAAGUCUCUCAUCCGGAGAGACUUUCUUCGCACUUUGGCUAGACGGGAUUCCCUCUUCUUUUGCACCCCCACAUCUCAUACAUCUUAGGUAUCUUUUGUAUCUUUUUGGCAUCUGCCAUAUCCUGUCUGAGGUCAUACUAACCAGACGCCUUGGUUCACCGUGUCCUCCACUGGAUUUCUCAUCCUAGCUGGCACCUAAUGGAUACUCGGGAAUGAUGUGCUUUUUCGGCCCAUUCAUGGACUGCUGUCAGAACAGAGGGCUGAGCUACAUCUGUUAGUGUGGUCUCUUCUGGAGAAGAAUGUUUUGUAUUAAGUAAAUGUAUUUUGUGUGAUGAUAUUUAUAAUCCCUGGCUUAUGUAAAUUACAAGCUUUAAAAUUAAACAGUAUCUUCAUAUACUCAGA